GGUAAAGUUCACAACACCUAGCACACCACACUGGCCUGCUGGGAGGACUCGGAGGGGGAAGGAAGUAAACAAACAGGGUGGCGCGUCAAACUUUCAAACCACCGUGUGAGAGAAAGAGUGGUAAGCAAGAGCAGAUCUGGAGCAAUUGGGAGAUAAUAAAGGAUCUGUAAGUGUGCAGUGGUGUUGGCAGGAUUGCUGUGAACAUGGCCACUAGGACUGUACAUCAAUUGUCCUCCUCAGAUGAAGAUUCAGAGGACAGCUUCCCUGACCUUGGAGUGCGAGUCAAGUCUCUAAAGAGGAGGGAAUCUGAGGAGAGAAUAGAACCAGAGCCAGUGGACCUGACCCUCAGCAGUGACACAGAGGAUGUGGUCAAGAUGCUUGAUGAACAGCCAGAGGAGCAUCUUUCUCCUCCCAUGUGCAAAGCUCCACGUCUCAUUGAGAGGCCGCUUGCAGCUUCAUGUCUCAUUGAGGAGGAGCCACCUGCAUUUUCAUGUCUCAGUGAUGAGGAGCCACCUGCUGCAUCAUGUCUCAUUGAGGAGGAACCAUUUGCAGCAUCAUCGCUCUGUGACGAGGAGCCACUUGUAGCCUUAUGUUCCAGUGACGAGGAACCACAGUUCCAUAAGGUCUAUCUCCCACAAUCCUCAGGAGGACAGCAGGCUGUCAAGAAAUCCAGGAAAACAACAUCAAAAGAGGAGCGAGAAGCAGCAAGACAUCGGCGUGAGGAAGCAAAACAACUGCGUGCAGCAGAGAAGCAAAAACGUGCCCUUGAAAAGGAAGCAGCCAAGGCAAGGCGAGAGAGGGAGAAAUGUUUGAGUCGUGCCCAGAAGCCUGGUGAGUGUCUCAAGAUGCUGGUGGUGGAGCUGGAGCGGAGGCUAGUAGAGGCCAGGGAAGGCGGCCUUGUGCUCAGCCAGCUUCAGGAGGCAGGGGUGUCCUGCAGAGUGGUGGAUGGCCCAGUGGCAGCCUCAGUGACCUUCUUUAGAGCUGAUCCACUUUCUGGCAAGGAGAGCCAAGCAGAUGAAGCAGCAGUGGUGGUGAUGAGAAUUGAGGACUUUGUCUCUGCUGUGGGCCAACAGAUGCAAGGUUGGGGUGGAGAGGCAGGUCUCUGUGACUUGUGUUGCCAGUGGCAGGCAACCCUUGGUACACCACACCUGUCACUGGUGGUCUGUGGAGUGGAAGAAUAUUUCAAAAAGCAGAAAAAUACUAAACAACAGCAGGUGCGGUCAGCAGUGUUAGGAGCGAAGAAGAGUCCUGGUUCGUCUUUCCAGAACAUCAGCAGGGUGGAUAUGGAGACAGCCUUGGUGAUGGCUCAGAUGGAGUGCAGAGUUAACCACCGAUUGGUGUCUGAUGGGGGGAAGGUGGCCCUGUAUGUGGUGCAGAUGGCCAAGGCUGUGGCUGAGGCACCUUACAAGCGCGAGAAGAGCGAGGCGCUAUUUUCCUGGUAUGCAGAGGGCAGCAGCACCAACAGCGUGAGGGUGGACAAGAACGGCGUGGGUUUGUACAAGUUGUGGCUGCAACAACUGCGGCAAUUCACCAACGUCGGGGUGGAGAUGGCGCAGGCUGUGGCCAGCCGCUACCCUUCUCCCCAGGCCCUGGUGCAGGCGUACCGUCAGUGUGGUAGCCAGCGCGAGGCGGAGCUCCUGCUGGCUGACUUGCGGGUGCGACGUGGGGUAGGGCCGCUCGUCUCCGAGAAAAGAGUUGGCCCCGAGUUCUCCAGGAAGGUACACCUGUUCUUCACCUCCAGAGACCCUGAUGCACACCUCGCCAACACCUGAUACACCUCUCCCCACAAACACCUGACUCUCGUCCCCCGUACACCUGUCCUUCAUCCACACACCUGACAAUCGCCUCUUCCGCAACACCUCAACUCCCAGUGACUAUUCUCUUGCCCUCUUUACUCUUAUCUGACACCCUUCACGGCCUCUUCCUGUUAAAAAGUGAAAAUUGUUUUAUUUAUAUAAGCAUGUUCUCUGUCUCCCGUCUGAGCUCAACAUUCCGUAAUAAUUUAAUAUUGUAAUGUACGCAUGACUGUGUUGAUAAACGCAUACUAAUGUUAUCAACUUGCCAUCGGUAACGAACGAUAAGUUACUUUUAUAUUUGAUAUUUAACGGUCAAUACUUUUAUAUUAAAUAAAGGCUGUGACUUUUA